AUGCUCACCUCGUCCCAGACCUUUGCAGUGUGCAACGACGAGCAGCGGGCCGCGGGCAUGGAGCUCGCCAAGAAGCUGCACGCCGGCGCCGCCUUGCGGGCGUCCCCUUGCGACUUGUGGCCCUACCUCCGCGGCCGCACCCUCUGGCUGAUAGGAGACUCCCACACCAAGCAGCUGUUCAAGGCGCUGCAGUGCUUCAUGUUUGACUUUUGGGACGGCAAGGACUGCAAGAGCAAGUGCUUGCACCUGAUGGGCAAUACCAGGGUGUGCCGCGUCCAGUCAGUGCUGGGGUCAAGCCUGCUCAACAACCCCCAGGUGGGCGGUGGCGGCGUCCUAAACCUGCUCCGGGACAAGGGCAUGGCCAAGCCCAGCGACAUUUUCGUAAUCCAGUUUGGCACCUGGCACAUGCUGGAGGGCCCCGCGGGGCUGGACAAGUUCAAGGCGGCGGUCAAGGCCCUUGGGGAGGAUUACCAGAAGACAAAAGGCAAGUGGCCCCACGUGAUGUACAGAGAGACCCCCAUGACUCACGACAAGGACACGAGCAAAAAGAUAUGCCGAGCAGCACCCAGUGGCUGGGGGUUGAACUACACAUCCGGCGAGCUGUUUGUCAACGCCAACGCCCGCUCUGCCGCCGCCGCCCUCAUGGCGCGCGGCGGCGUCCUCAACGCACCCGCGAGGGACAUCCUGUCGCAGUACGGGCUGCCCGUCCUGGGGGGCUACGCCUACAGCGUUCCACUGCACGUCGCGCACCCGGCCACACGGGCGACUUCGGAGCUAGACUGCCUCCACUACUGCGGGCUCGGGCUCCCUGAGUUGAUCGUGUACGAGUUGGCGCGCGAGCUUAAGCGCGGCAUCGCGGGCAUCAAGGUUCAGCCGCAGGUGCCGCCCAGCCAGCGCGCCGCCUGCAAUGCCGCCCCCAGCUGGCUGUGA